AUGGAUUUAAUUGUCAUCACGCCCUAUGAUGAAGAACUGGAUGAUAUCGAAGAGCUAAAUAAUAAAAUAUUGGCUCUUGAAAUGAUAAAACAUAAUAAGUCAAAUGUAAAUAAAAAUGCAGAUAAUUCAUGCCCUAAUAUAAAAAAGUUAGUGUUACCAGGUGAAGCAGUAUUAGAAAAAAAAGAUAAACCCAGAUUCUUAAAGGGGAGUGGGUUGUAUGAAGAAGAAGAAAAUUUUUGUGCAUGUAUAUUGGGAAGUGUAAAUUAUAUAAAUAAAUUAGUAUAUGUAGAACCAUUGCGAGGAAAAUAUACGGGUUCAGUAGGUGAUUUAUUAGUUGGAAAAAUAAAAGAUAUAAAUAAUGAUAAAUGGGUUGUAGAAAUUGGAUCAUAUUGUAGGGCCUUAUUAUCAAUAACACAAACUAAUAUAAGCUUAUUUAGUCAAAGAAUACGAUUAUAUAAUGAUGUUAUAAAUAUGAUUAAUAUAUACAAACCCAAUGAUGUUAUUGCAUGUGAAGUUCAAAGAAUAUUAACAGAUGGCUGUAUUAUUUUACAUACUAGAUCAUCUAUAUAUGGUAAAUUAUCGAACGGAAUUUUAAUUACAGUUCCACAAACAUUAGUACAAAAUCAGAAGAAGCACAUCUUUGUAUUCCCAUGUAAUGUACAAAUAAUUUUAGGAAUGAAUGGAUUUAUUUGGAUUUCUUCUCCAAUUAAAAAAUCGAAAGACACAAACCCAAACAGUAUCGAUGAAAAUAUUGAAGAGAAUAAAUUUGAAGAAGUAGAUGAUACUACUCGAAAAAAUAUUAGUAUCAUUAGUAAUAUUAUUAAAUUAUUAGCCAAAUAUCAUAUUAAUAUUAAUUAUGAUAUUAUUACUAAAAUAUAUAUGCAAUAUACUUCGAAUAAAAGUAAUACACCCAGUUACAUUUUAAAACCAUAUGUAUCUGAUUCUUAUCUAUUUAGUUAUUUAGAGAAUUUUACUAAAUAA